UCUGACAGGUUUUAGUCUUGUUCCCAGGGACUUGCUGAGUUUCUAGAUCUCUCCGCUGUUUGUUUGUUAGUUGUUGUCAUAUGAUCUGCUGUAUCAGGAUUACUCCUUUAUCUCCUCUGUAAGCUCAUCUUCAUGAACACAAGAGCAGGUGUGUAGUGAGUGUGGAGAGAGAAGUGUCGGGUUCAUCAAGGUAGAGGCGUUCAGCUGUUAAAGUGGCGAGAGGUAUGAGAACUGAACAUGGACUCUGUCUGAAGCGCUUUCUAUCGGACUCAAUCCUGCUGAUCUAACAGUCGCAUGAUGCUGUGCUUUCUGCUCCUGACGCUUCACUGGAUGACCGUCACUGAAGCGCUGCAGUCGUCCAAGGAAGAUGGUAAAAGGCCGUAUAUUUACCGCUGCCGCUCGCCCAACAUGGAGAUCUUCACCUGCUGGUGGCAUCCGAUCGCUAAUCAGGACAACGUCACCUACACGCUCCUGUACACCAUGGGUGAGCGUGCUCCUCAGGAGUGUCCUGAUUACGUGAGCGGCGGCAUCAACAGCUGCUUCUUUGAUGCCAAACACACUCAGGUCUGGGAGAUGUACUGCAUGAACGUGACGGCACACACACACACGGGGCCCAUCACCUCUCGGAAACACUGCCUGGACGUGGUCGAGAUAGUGGAAACCGACCCUCCCUUUAACCUGACAUAUAUCAUGCUGAACGAGAGCAUCGGUGAAGAGGGCCGCAAUGUUUUAGUGUCCUGGCUGCAUCCGAAAGAGUCUCUGGUUCAUGAGCAACUGAUGAUGCUGGUCUACGAGCUGCGCUACAGAAACCUCGCUCAGCCAGACAACUGGAGGGUAAUGGAGCGUUUGCGCGAGCCUCAUGUGGAGUUUUUGGAUCUGCCGGUGGGAAGGUAUGAGUUCAGUGUGCGCUGCCGCACCACCAGCAACAAACACUGGAGUGUAUGGAGUGAGUCCAUCAUCGUCAGCAUCAACGGCAGAGCUCUGUCCGGGGGACAUCGUAAUACCCUGAGAUCAAAUGUUAGCCUUGAUCCUUGUGACCAGCCUCACCAUCAUGAUCUUCAUCAUCUUCACUUUGGGGAACAUCCCACGAGGCAAGAGGUCAGUGACGUCAUGAAGCUCAUAGCUCUGGUCUCGUCUCAGACAUUUAGUUCUGGCACCGACAGCCACAAAUCUGCAGAAUAG